CAAGUGCACCCAAAGAGCAGCGCAACGUAAUGCGGAAGUAGCCGCUCGUACAGGGAGGAAAAUCUAAACAUUGGUGUUUGUAGAGGAGACAGCAGUGAUCAGCAGAGGCAGCUCCCGCCUCAAGGCUGGAACAAGGCUGGUUCAUCCAAACUGAGACACAGACUUGGAGGAGGCUCAGAGGAUGGAGGGCUCAGGAGACAACAGCAGUCCAGGCUUUACUCCUCUAGUGGUACUGGAGCUGGCCUCAGACACCAAAGAGGAGGCCAUACAAUGGCUACUGAACCGGAUAGAAGAUUCCCAACAAAAUGGAGGUGCUGAACUAUUAGUGAAACAGCUAGGUCCUGGAGUCAGUGCUGAGGAGAAGGAGAACCCUAACAUAUUCCUGGUGGGAUCCUCAAGGCAAAGGCUGCUCUCUGGUGCUGAGGACGUUGGUCUAUUCAAGGAGUUCAGCGAUGGAUCCAUGAGGGCCUUCACCUGUGCUAACAAGCACAACUUUAGAGAUUUUAAAGGAGACGGAGACAGCUUCUUCAGCAUGGCUGAAUGUCAGUACAUCGUCAAACAUGAAUUGGACACGUUGAGAGCCAAAGAUGAAACUCAUGUUCCAGGACACUCACAGGUCAAACUCUACCCAGGAAAAUCCAUCAUUCGCAGACUACAGUCCAAAGGGAUUCUGAUCCAAAUGUUCCCUCUUCAUGAGAAGGAGGAGUUGAAAAGACUUUGUUUCUCUUGGUAUAAAAAGGUCAAGUUUACUUUUCAGCCUCUAGAUGACAUCAGACAUUACUUCGGUGAAGGCCAGGCCUUCUACUUUGGUUUCCUGGAGUAUUUCACCUUUGCCCUCUUACCCAUGGCCCUCAUCGGGCUUCCGUAUUAUCUGUUUGACUGGGAGGACUACGAUAAAUAUGUAGUCUUUGCCGUCUUUAACCUGGUUUGGUGCACUGUUAUUUUAGAGUUGUGGAAGCGCUGCAGUGCCUCUCUAGCCUAUCGCUGGGGAACCUUGAGUAGAAAAAGAGCCUUUGAAGAACCCCGACCCGGUUUCCACGGGAUCCUGGGCUUCAACCCUGUGACAGGCCGGGAGGAGCCUCUUUACCCCACCGCUAAAAGGCAUCUCCGCAUCUACCUUGUGUCUCUGCCCUUCGUCCUGCUCUGCCUCUACAUGUCCCUCUACGUUAUGAUGAUCUACUUCAGGAUGGAGGGGUGGGCUCUGUCCAUCCACAGUGAGGAGCCCACCUUCUGGACAGAGAUCCUGUUGUACAUCCCCAGUGUGAUCUACGCUGUGGUCAUAGAGAUCAUGAACCUCCUCUACAGAUACGCUGCUGAGUUCCUCACAGAGUGGGAAAAUCACAGACUCGAGUCGUCAUAUCAAAACCAUUUAGUCCUUAAAGUGUUGGUGUUCAACUUCUUCAACUGCUUCGCCUCACUGUUCUACAUCGCCUUCAUCAUGCACGACAUGGCGCUGCUCAGACAGAGUCUGGCCACGCUGUUGCUCACCAGUCAGAUCCUGAAUCAAUUCAUGGAGGCCUUUCUGCCGUACUGGCUGCAGAGGAGACGCAACAAGAAGAUGAUCCACAAAUUGAAGAGGAGGAGAACUCUGGAGGACAAAGAGCUGCCGCUGGAGGAGCAGGUUCGACUGGAGGCAAGCAUGAGCACGUACUUGGGAACGUUUGACGACUACCUGGAGCAGUUCCUGCUGUUCGGUUACGUCAGCCUGUUCUCCUGCGUCUACCCUCUGGCUGCUGUGCUGGUGGUGCUCAACAACAUCACCGAGGUUUACUCCGAUGCCUUCAAGAUGUGCCGCGUGUUCAAGCGACCGUUCUCUGACCCCGCUGCAAAUAUAGGAGUCUGGCAGCUUGCCUUUGAGGCCAUGAGUGUCAUUGCUGUGGUGACCAACUUCGCUCUAAUCGGCAUGUCGCCACAAGUCCGAGCUUACUUCCCCGAGUCAGAGACGCAUCUUAUACUGUGGACGGUGGCUAUUGAGCACGGACUCCUGGCCUUCAAGUUCAUCCUGUGUUUCCUCAUCCCUGACGUUCCAAAGUACAUCCAGAUCAAACUGGCUCGUCUGGAGUUUGAAUCACUGGAGGCCCUCAAGAAAAAGAGAUAUCUUCAUCGGAGAAAAUGCUGGAAGCCUCGGAGCUCAGGAAAGUGGAGCAGUGAGGAGAAGAGUUCCUACUGACGGAGCCUGCUUUAACACAUCUGAUCACACUGAUGUGCUGCUUCUCUCUCUCUCUCUCCCUCUCCCUCUAUCUCGCUCUCUCAAACUCAUUUCUAAUCUGUGACUAAUCUCCGUGCCGUUAUCGACAUGUACUGUAAAAAGGCUCAGUGUUAAGAUGGCUAAAGCCACAUGUUGAAUGCUGUAUUACUAUAUUUAUAGUGUAUAUCAAAGCAUCUUUCUGUGUGCUCUCAGUUCUGAGUCACUUAUUUACAGUUACUAAAUGACUCCAUGCCAUGAGCUGCUACAUUAUAUGACUGUGGGCUGCUCCUUCACGGCAAAACUAUUUGACCUUUUGAUCUUCAUCCACAGUCACUGUAAAAAGACCUGCAUCAGCAGGGUUUAAAUCAGAGUCUGAUUAAAAAGUCUGAGUCCAGUCGUCAGGGAGUCGUUAAUGCUAACGUCGAGUUACAAGCUCCAAACUCUGGAGCUGCAAUACUGUUACCAGGAAAGGGUCCAAAGACCAAACAUAAUGUUCAAAUUGAAUAUCUGAAACGCGUAUAUCCAUCAAAUCACUUUAGAGCAAUAUUUAAUUUAAUUUUUUUUUUUUUUACAACUUAUCUAUUUGCACUACAAUCUGGACAAUUUGGUUUGGUCACAGCAGGAAAGACAAAAGUGUAACUUCAAUAUUAUAAUCUCCUGAACUUUUAAAUUCAGUUUAUUUUCUUUUACAAUCUUCACAAUGUUUCCUAUUUAACUGAGACUGUGUCGAUGUGAUCACUGACACUCAUUUGUGGCUGCUGUCCAAAGGACACGUUUUAAUUCGUCUGUGCAUGUUAACAGGGUACCCAGUCAUCCAUGGCAGAACUCCUGUUUGUGUCUGUCAAAAAUUCUUGUAAAAACCCUGGUGCCUUGAAAUGUUUAGCCUUUUCUCAUUGGUUGCCUUGGACGCAUUAGAGACAUGACAAAAGGAACGCAGCUGUAGUAGAGGAAUAAAGAAUAAUGAGCUCUAAUGAUAUUAAAUUCAAUAAAACACAUUUAUUCUAAAGACAGACG